AUGACUCAAACACCGCAAGACGUCGAGCUUGAGUUGAACACCAAAUCAAAGGCAGACUCCCAAGAAUCAAGUCAAAGUUUUUCUUCUUUGGGACAUGAGGGGUCUCAACAAUCGAAGAAAUCAGAUACUAAAGAACCAAAAGAUAUAGAUAUAGACGCUGACAAAGUCAAAGAAAUUGAAAAUGAGGCGAACAAAGACUCUAAAAGUGGGUCUGACACAUCAAAGGAACCUUUAAAAGGUGAGACUAAAAAGACGGAGUUAAAGUCUAUUGACAAAGAAGACUACAACAAUGAAGAAAUCUCAGAAGAAGACGUCGAGCCAUUUGUCGAAGUCGAAUCCGUUGAUUCUGCGCCAGACGAUUUGAUGUUCGCACAUUUAAAACAGCAACUUUGGAAGACGGUCUUAGUAUGCGUGGGACCAUUUCUUUCAACUCUUAUCAUUGGAACUAUUAUCACGGGGUCUUACCACCCCUCAAAAGACGCUCAAACAAAAUUUUAUAACAAAAUUGGAGAGUUCGACGAACGUGCAAACCUGUUAUAUGCGUUUUUCUUUUCGGGAAUAUUACUCGGCGCUAUUCCAGAAAUUAUAAAAUCAAUUGCUCGAAAACAGAAGCCAUUUGUCUUCUGUUAUCGAGUUCUCUGUGGCAUCAUAUUCUAUUCCUUUAGAGGAGUUAUUGAACAUAUUUGGCUUAGAUUAAUGUAUACAGCUUUGAAAAAUGUUGAUGACGUGACACUACGUCGGAUUAGUUUGGUUAUUAUUGACCAAGCCUCUUUUUCUUUAGUAUUCAAAAUACCAUUGGACGCACUCUAUUUGACCUAUUCAAAAUAUUCGAACCCAAUCACUUUUUACAAACAAUUUUCACUUAAAACAUUCAUUUACGACCAAUUCACUACUACUCUGGUUGCUAAUGUAAUAUGUUGGAUUCCAGGAACAGCGUUUUUCUAUACAGUCGAACACUUACUUUGGUUCCCUUUCAAUUUACUUCUCUCAUUUUUCGACUUACUCAUCAUUUCUAUCGAGAUUGCUUUGCUUGAAAAAUAUACUCACAACAAAAAUACUCAGAAAGUCGAGUGA